UGCACACAGUUGACUGCAGACCUUGGUCUCCACAGGACUCUUCCCUGCUGGUCAGCAAUGUAUCGGCCAGCUGUGGUGAAGAACAGGAAGAGAGCUUGUUUGGAGCCCUGGGUUAUUGGCCUCAUCACCUUUAUCUCCCUGAUUGUCCUGGCAGUGUGCAUUGGACUUACCGUUCAUUACGUGAGAUACAAUCAAAGGGAGACCUACAGUUACUAUAGCACAUUGUCAUUUACAAGUAACAAACUGUAUGGCGACUUUGGAAGAGAGGGUUCUAAAAAUUUCACAGAAAUGAGCCAGAAAAUUGAAUCAAUGGUGAAAGAUGCAUUUCAUAAAUCUCCAUUGAGAGAAGAAUUUGUCAAGUCUCACAUUAUCAGAUUCAGUCAAGAGGAACAUGGAGUGUUGGCUCAUAUGCUGCUGAUUUUUAGAGUUCGCUCUACUGAGGAUCCUGAAGCCAUUGAUAAAAUUAUUCAACAUGUUCUACCUGAAAAGCUGCAAGAUGCUGUAGGACCCCCCAAAUUAGAUCCUGAAUCAGUUGAAAUUAAAAAAAUCAACAAGACAGAAACAGACAAUUUUCUGAACAAUUGCUGUGGGACACGAAGGAGUAAAACUCCAAGUCAGAGUCUCAGGAUUGUCGGUGGGACAGAGGUAGAAGAGGGAGAAUGGCCGUGGCAAGCUAGUCUGCAAUGGGAUGGAAGCCAUCGCUGUGGAGCAACUUUAAUUAAUAGCACAUGGCUUGUGAGUGCUGCUCACUGCUUUAGAACGUAUAAGGACCCAGACAGAUGGACUGUUUCCUUUGGAGUAACAAUAAAGCCUCCGAAGAUAAAACAAGGCCUUAGAAGGAUAUUUGUCCAUGAAAAAUAUAAGUAUCCAUCACAUGACUAUGAUAUUUCAGUUGCAGAGCUUUCUAGCCCUGUUCCCUACACAAAUGCAGUACAUAGGAUUUGUCUCCCUGAUGCAUCCCAUGAGUUCCACCCAGGCAAUGAGAUGUUUGUGACAGGAUUUGGAGCACUGCAAAAUGAUGGUAGUAGUCAAAAUCAUCUUUGGCAAGUACAGGUGGAUCUCAUAGACACUCAAACCUGUAACGAACCCCAGUCUUACAAUGGUGCCAUAACUCCCAGAAUGUUAUGUGCUGGCUUCUUGAAAGGAAAAAAAGAUGCAUGCCAGGGUGACUCUGGAGGACCACUGGUUAGUCCAGAUGCUAGAGAUAUCUGGUAUCUUGCUGGAAUAGUGAGCUGGGGAGAUGAAUGUGCACAACCCAAUAAGCCUGGGGUCUACACGAGAGUGACUGCUUUCCGGGACUGGAUCCGUUCCAAAACUGGCAUCUAAGAGAGAAAACCUAGUAAAAUAGAACACAUUUUUGUGUAUGGGCCAUUCUCAGAGAUACAGAAUCACAGGAGUCUUGCAGGUCACCCGGACCUGACCCAUCUAACUAAACUGCUCGAUACAUGUAUUUCCUUCCUAGCUCUCCUCCACUCUGAGCAUCCUGCUUCUGCAGAGAGAUUCUGUCCCAAUUUACAGUCAUUUGUUUUCUAGAAGUUUUGUCAUCAAAAUUUUGACUUGUUGACAUAAAUUUCUUAUGCAUAUAUACAAUCUGAAGUGAUUCCUUCUUUCAUUUCCCCAGCUUCUCUCAUCUCAGUAAAUCUCCCCUUUCAAGGGGCAGGACAGAGUAAAAGGAAAUGUAAAAAGGAAAGAACGACAUUUUUAUGUACAGAAAGCAUUAGGAGUUUUUUUUUUCCCUUAAUGGAAUGAGGAAAAUUAUCACAUUCAUUAUGAGAGGUCAAGCAAACUGACCGCAAAACACCAAAUACUUAAUGACGGAGAAAGACUGGGAAUUAAGGAAAUGCACAGAAACCAAGAUAUAAUUUUAUUUUCAUUUCUAGCUAACAACUACAGAGAUAUAUGUGGGGACGAUUCUGUUUUUCUGUGGCCUAUAAUGAUUAUACAAACUCUAUAUAAUGUACUUGUUCUAAGUUAAAGCAAAUAAUAUUUAUUUAAUAUUGUACUGUUGAGGAUAUCAAUAUAUAAUAAUAAAAAUAUCAUCCCUUUACUUGAUAUUAUGAUAGUUCAUGAAGAAGGGGAAGUUGGGAAAAUAAUACUACUCAAUGUAUUGCAAAUUCUUUUAAAAUCUGAGGCUAUGAAAAUUCACUUGAGAAUAAUAGUAUACCUUAUGUGUUAAGAUUUUUUUGUUAUUGUUGAAUAGAAGAGAAUGAAGAGGGAAUCAGUCCAAACUAUUGAAUGAAAUAGGAUUAUCACCAAGUGCUUCUGUAUUUGUGUUUAAAGCUCUUUCAAAAACAAAGCCUUGAAGGGAAUAAGGUCCAGGUGUUAGCGUGCAGUUGCAGUCAUGCAAAUGGAGGCCAGAGCUCCAUUUUGAUAUGAUGGCACAUCUUUGCCUGCUGCUGCAUUUCUGGCCCAUGCUUGGACCACUGGCCUCUUAGACUUCUCUGGGCUUAGAUGGGAAGAUAUCAUAGGAAUUUAUCCUGGAAGCUGCCUCUCUGUUAUGUCUACUAUAGCACUGAAUUGCUAACUGCUUGCAGAGAAAACUGAAGAGUAAAAGCCAAAUAUCAACCACUUUCAUUUUUUAGUUUUGGUAAAUAACUGCUGAGCAGUUAGAGACACAGCAUGUGAAUGAUCCAGGCCAUUAUAAAGUUAGUUACAACUCUUGCCAUUGUAUAUGCUAUGUUAACAUGGUGAGAUUUUCCAUUACCCUUGCCUCCUUGUAUACAGCCACUCAUCCAAGUUCUGUAUUGGACUAUAACAACUUUGAAAACCAACAUCAGUAGGAAAAAUUUGACUUUUACUGACCCAAAUAAUAUUGGCAUAUGAACUGGUAAGAUUUAAGUGCUUGGCUAAAAUAAAAUGGAAAGACAUGAGU